UAUGCCAAUAAUUGUGGUGACGGGGCGCACAAAUUAUAUUAUCUCUUCCUACAUGACUCCGCCGGGCGAUGCGCACGCGAUUAAGAAAAGAGAGACUAAAACAAAAGAAAACGAAACGGAAUAUGAUUACGAUAGCCUCUUAGACGAGUAUUAUGAACAGGAGAAAAACGAAUCUCGGUCAAAAGAUACGUAUCAGAUAAAGAAAACAGUUCUGUCAGACUACGGUGCGAUCAAUAUGGUGAAAACAAUAUUACUACUGAGAACCGAAACUGAAAACUGCACGCAAAAUGUGAAGGGAAUCGGGUUCCAUGCGAUUAAAUGUCUAAUACACGAUUACAAUAACGAACGUCAAUUAACUAAAGACAUAUCCGCGAGAAUGUGGAAGAUUAUACAGAUAUGGUUCCUGGUUUAUCUGGCUAUCGCUGUUCCUGUUUGGUGUACAAGAGGUUGGUGUUGCUGUUGUUUGCGUUGCAAGUUCUUUAAGCCCCAGCAAACUAUCGAGGAAGCGAAGAAGUAUGUAGUCAUGUACCCACCAGGAGUGUUCAAAAAGAAGAACGGGGAGCUUAUCAUGUACGAUCCUAGUCCACGCGAGAAAGAAUGUUAUGAAGAGUUUAAACAUUUUAUAAAGACUUUGUAGUUAUUUUAGGGCUUUUUACUGGCAUAUCUGAAGAUACAGACUUAUUUUAAAGCCAUUUUAAAUUUUGCUUUUAUUGCGUUUUAUUUAAGACCCCUAAAUAGGGCUUUCUUGAGGCCCUCGACGUUAAAACUUUGAGGUCUCUAUAAAAACGGUUGAGUGUGAGUGAAAUAAAUUCUCAAGAAAGUUUUAUUUAGGGGUGAAAAUAG